AUGGGUAACAAUGCUGAUUUAAGUCUUCACUGCUUUAGUCAAGAGGUAAGCUCUGCCUACCAUGCUGCCCAAAAUCCUGAGCGCAGGAUAUUCGACGUAUUGCUUCACGGAAGUGGAUAUGAACCCGACCUACCCGAGAGUCCCCUCCUCACAACAGAACCAAAACUGGCUGGACCAGAGCUCGACAGUCAAACUUCAGCAACACAUCUGCAGAUGGCAACAUACCUCAUCCCACCAAGUAGGUCCAAUUUAUCAAAAGUAAUAAAUUGCUUGCACGCAAAAUCAAAUGACACCACAGAGCCAUACCAUGUCAUGAGAUAUUUCACUCCACAAAACCAACUGAUAUUUCCAGGUUUAGUCUAA